CUAAGUAUCGAGGAGACCACACAGUCUACGUAUGUGAAAAUCCUUCGGUUUUGAAAAUGCCCCUUGCACGAGAUUUACUUCGCCCAACCUUUGAGUUUGAGCGAAGGCAACACAAGAAAAAAAGGCUUGUUCAGGGUCCCAACUCAUAUUUCAUGGAUGUAAAAUGCCCAGGUUGUUAUAAAAUCACAACGGUUUUCAGCCAUGCCCAGACGGUGGUGCUGUGUGUUGGAUGCUCAACAGUGCUCUGUCAGCCCACGGGAGGAAAGGCCAGGCUGACAGAGGGGUGUUCCUUUAGGAGGAAGCAGCAUUAAAGAGGAUGAGGACUGCUUUUGGCUCAGAAAUGAUGCCACUGAACACAUGCCUUAACUUUUCAUUGAUUACAAUGAAUGAAUGAAGUUAUGAAUUGUAAUUAUGAUUAAAUGGUACAUGGCAGGUUCUUUCUACCAUGUUAUCAAUUCACUUUUCUCAAUAAAGUCAUACAUGUGGAGCAUAAA